AUGUCACAACCAUCCACACAUUCCCACCUCUCUGAUUCUCAAAAAUCUCAAAUUAAAACAAAAUGGAAUCAAGCAUUUAAAAUUGCAUCCCACAUGACAAGUUCAGAAGCUUUGAACGAUGGUACUUUUACACAUCACGGAACCAAGGAAGAAAUUGAUAUUUAUUAUAAAAAGACAGAUACGACGACUAUUAUUCGAGGAGAUACCAUUUGUGAACAAAUUAAACCAGAUGAGUUUUUGGAAGCGUUUGUUUCAUUGGAUUUGUCAGUGAAGCAUCAAUUGGAUAGUAAUUCAAAGAGAAUUGAAGUGGUUGAGAAAUGGGAGGAUGAAGAUGGAAUUUGGAAGCUCAUGUAUUAUGUGAUCAGUACAGGACCAUUUGUUUCCGACAGAGACUUUGUUUACAUUACCAAAACAUUCAAAAAAGAUAAUGUCACGUUCUUUGCAUCCACAAGUUGUCACGACGUCGUCGAAUUGCCUUCACAUGUGACACCUCAAAAAGGUGCAGUAAGAGCCACAAACGUUUUCGUUUGCAUGAGAAUGGAAGAGUUAGAAAAUGGUGAUUUACAUGUUACGUAUUCCACUCAGGCUGAUCCUAAUGGAUGGGUUCCUCACAGUAUUGUCAAUGCUGUCAUUUACUCGGUACCAUUAACACUCGCAAAGAAUGCAAAAUUCAAACAAAGAAAACUUAGAAAGGUACCAAAUUCACCUUCUCAUCAUGAUUAA